AUGAUAAAAAACUACCUACAGUGGGCCGAAAACAAACCAACCCAGAAAUCAAGCACCCAUUUUAACCAAAAGGGUGCCGCCAUUUUAGCUACAGACCUCUUAAAAUCAUAUUUUGAAAAAGGCCUGAUCAGACAAGCGCGAAACUUGUUUGAUGAAAUGCCUGAGAGAGAUGUUGUUGCAUGGACAACUAUGAUUUCAGGAUACACGUAUUGCAGUGAAUACACUCAUGCAUGGUGUGUUUUUGUUGAUAUGGUGAAGAGUGAAAAUGAACCACCAAAUGCGUUCACAAUAUCGAGUGUUCUAAAGGCUUGUAAAGGCAUGAAGAGCGUCUUUUGUGGGGGUUUGGUUCAUGCAUUGGCUAUUAAAAGAAGGCUUGUGGAGGGGUUUAUUUAUGUAGAUAAUGCUCUCAUGGAUAUCUAUGCUACUUGUGGUGUAAGUAUGAGGGAUGCUUGCGUAGUCUUUCAUGAUAUUAAAGAGAAGAAUGUUGUGUCUUGGACUACCUUGAUUGCUGGUUACACUCACAGAGGUAAUAGCAGUCGCGCACUUCAAAUCUUCCGGGAAAUGUUACUGGAGGGAGCAGAAAUGAACCCACAUAGCAUAUCUAUUGCUGUUAGAGCUUGUGCUUCAAUUGGCUCAGAGAAUCUUGGCAGACAAAUACAUAAUGCAGUGAUCAAACAGGGAUUUGAGUCCGAUCUUCCCGUCAUGAAUUCUAUACUUGAUAUGUAUUGUAGAUGUGGUUGUUUAUCCGAGGCAAAGAAGUACUUUAAUGAGAUGAGUGAAAAAGAUUUGAUCACAUGGAAUACAUUAAUAGCAGGGUAUGAAAGAUCAGAUUCUAUUGAGGCUCUCUUUAUAUUUUUACAAAUGGAAUCAGAUGGUUUUAGUCCAAAUUGCUUCACUUUUACCAGUCUAAUAGCAGCCUGUGCAAACUUAGCAGCUUUGCACUGCGGACAGCAGGUUCAUGGAGGAAUUUUUUGCAGAGGACUUAAUGGGAACCUGGAAUUGUCUAAUGCCUUGAUUGAUAUGUAUGCAAAGUGUGGUAAUAUAUUUGAUUCUCACAAAAUUUAUAGUGAAAUGUCUUGUAGAAAUUUGGUCUCUUGGACUUCUAUGAUGAUUGGAUAUGGGGCUCAUGGAUAUGGUAAAGAGGCUGUUGAGUUGUUUGACGAGAUGGUCAGGUCAGGCAUCAGACCUGAUCGGGUAGUGUUUAUGGCAGUUCUAAGUGCUUGUAGUCAUGCUGGACUAGUUGAUCAAGGCUUGAGGUACUUCAACUGCAUGAUGGAUGAUUAUCACAUCAAGCCAAAUCAGGAGAUUUAUGGUUGUGUUGUAGAUUUGCUAGGCAGAGCUGGGAGAGUUGAGGAGGCAUAUCAACUAAUACGAAGCAUGCCAUUUAUGGCCGAUGAGUCUGUUUGGGGUGCACUUCUUGGUGCUUGCAAGGCACAUAACCUUUCGAAGCUGGGCAAGUUGGCAGCUAAGAAGGCAUUGGCGUUGAGACCAAAUAUGGUUGAGACUUAUGUGAUGCUGUCAAAUAUUUAUGCUGCAGAAGGCGAAUGGGGAGAAGCUGCAAGAAUGAGGAAGAUGAUGAAGAGAGCAGGGUGUAAAAAAGAGGCUGGGAGGAGUUGGAUUGAGGUACAAAACCAGGUUUACAGUUUUGUUGUUGGAAAUAAGAAGGGUUCUCACAUAGAGUGGGUUAACGAAGUUUUGGAAUUACCUGGACGGCAUAUGAAAGAGGCUGGCUAUGUGCCCGAACUUGAUUGCUUAAUACACGACCAAGAAGAUGGCACUUGA